GCGUGGCGUCUGCUCGUUCUGUGAGUGAAGUGGUGAAGUGGCAAACUGGAAACUGGCAUGUGGCAAGUGCAUGACAGUUUCAUAUAUAAUUGGUGUGAUCGAAAAUUAAAGCAUUUCAGUCGUUAGAUUUCCUUUCCCGCAUUAUUUGAGUUUCACCUUUUUCUUGUAAUUCAAUUACCCAAGAUUAAAAUCGGUAUAAAAAGCUACCCUAAAAAGUAUUAAAUCCUAACCUCUUUUUUUUUUGUUUUACCGGAACAACUAAAAUGCAUUCGGUUUUGACACGAGGAAAUGCUAUUUUAGCAUACACUUUGAGUGUUUCUGCUUGUUUAACAUUUGUCUGCUUUAUCUCGACGGUUUUCAUUGAUUAUAGGACUGGAGUAGAUAUAAAAACCGUCAAAGUAUUUGUAAAAAAUGUACCAGACUACAGCGCUUCGAGGGAAAAGAACGAUUUGGGAUAUUUAACAUUCAACCUCAAAACUGAUCUCACCCCGUUGUUUAACUGGAACGUUAAACAAUUGUUUUUGUACAUGACCGCCGAAUAUAGAACCAAAGCUAAUCAUCUGAACCAGGUGGUUUUGUGGGACAAGAUCAUUUUGCGAGGUGAUAAAUCAGCCCUUGACUACAAAAACAUGAACGCCAAGUAUUAUUUCUGGGACGAUGGAAACGGCCUGAGAGGAAAUCAGAAUGUGACCCUAUCCUUAACUUACAACAUUAUUCCAAACUCUGGAUUGCUUCCGUUCGUUAAUGCUAUCGGAACUCACAGAUUUGCAUUCCCAUCGGAAUACACAACAUCACGAGUGUAAAUAAUUUUAUACUAGGUGUAUAUUUUAACAUAUUACAAUUACUUAAAGCAGCUUAUCCGUUAUAAAUAGUUUGUGUGUUACGUUUUUUUUCAAGAAUCAAAUUUAAAAUAUACUUAGGAAUUUUUGUACAAUUUUUUUGACGUUUAAAAAAUUCCUCGAAAGUGUAAUUAUGAUGCCAAGUCCUUAUGUGUGAAUAAACCUUAUUGUUAAUAUUGUUAA